CUCUCCUGCGCCCCCGUCAUUUCCUUUGGUCUGGUUCCUGGCAGCCAGUCUCUCUUUCUCUGCCCAAUACCCUCUAACCUGAUACCCCCAGUCCCGACACCAAUCCCCCGUCAUGGUCCUCCAGGAUCUCGGGCGGCGAAUCAACGCCGCCGUCAAUGAUCUGACUCGCUCCAGUAACCUGGACGAGAAGGCCUUUGAUGACAUGAUCAAAGAAAUCUGCGCCGCCCUGCUGUCCGCCGACGUCAACGUCCGCCUGGUCCAGACCCUCCGCAAGUCCAUCAAGUCCAGCGUGAACUUUGCCUCUCUCCCUCCCGCCGUGAACAAGAAGCGUCUCAUUCAGAAGGCCGUCUUUGAUGAGCUGGUGUCCCUGGUCGAUCCCCAUGCGGAGCCCUUCCGCCCCAAGAAGGGCCGCUCCAACGUGAUCAUGUUCGUCGGUCUGCAGGGUGCCGGUAAAACCACCACCUGUACCAAGCUGGCCCGCCACUACCAGAUGCGCGGCUUCAAGACCGCCCUCGUCUGUGCCGAUACCUUCCGAGCCGGUGCCUUCGACCAGCUGAAGCAGAACGCCACCAAGGCCAAGAUCCCUUACUACGGUAGCCUGACGCAGACCGACCCCGCCAUCGUCGCCGCGGAGGGUGUGGCCAAGUUCAAAAAGGAGCGCUUCGAGAUCAUCAUUGUCGAUACCAGUGGUCGUCAUAAGCAGGAGGAGGAGCUCUUCACCGAAAUGACCCAGAUUCAAACCGCCGUCACCCCUGACCAGACCAUCCUCGUUCUCGAUAGCACCAUCGGUCAGGCUGCCGAGGCCCAGUCAUCCGCUUUCAAGGCCACUGCAGACUUCGGAGCCAUCAUCAUCACCAAGACGGAUGGUCACGCCGCCGGAGGUGGUGCCAUCUCCGCCGUCGCCGCAACCCACACCCCCAUCAUCUACCUCGGUACGGGUGAGCACCUGAUGGACCUGGAACGUUUCGAGCCGAAGGCCUUCAUCCAGAAGCUCCUGGGCAUGGGCGACAUGGCUGGACUCGUGGAGCACGUGCAAGCUGUGACGAAGGACUCGGCCUCCGCCAAGGAGACCUACAAACACAUCUCGGAGGGUAUCUACACGCUUCGCGACUUCCGAGAGAACAUCACCUCGAUCAUGAAGAUGGGACCCCUCUCGAAGCUGUCCGGCAUGAUCCCCGGUCUCUCCAACCUGACUGCGGGACUCGACGACGAAGACGGCUCCAUGAAACUCCGUCGCAUGAUCUACAUUUUCGACAGCAUGACUGCAGCCGAACUCGACGGCGACGGCAAGAUGUUCGUCGAGAAGCCCAGCCGAAUGGUCCGUAUUGCUUGCGGCAGCGGCACUACCGUCCGCGAAGUGGAAGACCUCCUCUCCCAGCACCGCAUGAUGGCCGGCAUGGCCAAGCGCGUCGGUGGACAGAAGAAGCAGAUGCAGCGCGCCCAGAACAUGCUCAAGGGCGGCAAUAAGGAGCAGCAGCUGGCCGCCAUGCAGAAGCGCAUGGCCGCGAUGGGCGGCGCUGGCGGCGGUGGCUUCCCCGGUAUGCCCGGCAUGGGCGACAUGGCCAAGAUGAUGCAGAUGUUGCAAGGCCAAGGCGGUGGUGGCGGUGGUCUCCCCGGUCUAGGCGGAAUGGAUCUACAAAGUAUGAUGAGCCAAAUGAGCGGAUUGAUGGGCGGCGGCGGUGGUGGUGGUGGUGGCCGAGGUAGAGGACGGUGAUGAUGACGAUGCACGCAUUUUCUGUUUCCCACGGCUUCUCUCUUUUGUCCUCACAUUCCAUGACUAUAUUACUACUCCUCCUUUCAUCAUCUUGAAUUCUGCACCGACUCUCCGGUAUCAUGCCGCUUAUGGGUCACUCACUAUUCACGUCGUUCCUCAAUUGUAACUAGCAUAUGAUGGUGUUGGGCGUGCUUUGAUUAUUAUAUUUCUUCCUUGCUUGCUUGAUAUUCUUUUUAUAUUACUUCUGUGAUCUUCUAUUGGGAUAUCACUAUGAUCGAUACCUCAUGUUGAUGGUGUGGGGUGGGUUGCGGAAGUGGAAGUGGAAUAUAUUUUCCUGGAUUUGCGAUGGUCGGUUAUCUUCAAAAAUACUAUAGACUGCCUGAAUAAUACCGCAAUACUUCAC